UCACUGUUACUCCCAUUUGCAGAACAACCCUUUUCCUCAAGAUCUUCUGCAGAGAUACUGUGAGGAAAAAGGGUAUACGGUAACUGGAAGAUCUUUAUCUUGACCCAAACAGAGAAAGAGAAGUUUCAGCCUUCUUUUCUUUGACCCCUAGUGGACAAAGGUACACAUUGCUCCACAAAGUUGGAGAGAGAAAGUUGAGAGGGAGAGAAACUGGUGCUUCUUUUGAAUUUUGAGAAGAGAUGGGUAAGGCUACAAGGUGGCUAAAAGGGUUGUUGGGUAUGAAAAAAGAGAAAGAGCAAAGAGAGAAUCCAAAAUCAAUUUACAACGACAAGAAAGAGAAGAAAAGAUGGAGUUUUGCUAAGUCCGGGAAGGAUGCCAAUGUCCUUUCUCAGAUUCCAGUGAACAUUCCAGUGACUGAUGCAGCUUGGUUCAGAUCCUACUUUGCUCAGAGUGAGAAGGAACAGAACAAGCAUGCAAUUGCGGUGGCUGCUGCCACCGCAGCUGCAGCUGAUGCCGCUAUGGCAGCAGCGCAGGCAGCCGCAGCAGUGGUGAGGCUGACCAGCAAUGGAAGAGGGACAUUCUUCAGUGGAGGCCCCGAAAGAUGGGGGGCCACGAAAAUUCAAGCUGUUUUUAGAGGCUACUUGGCCAGAAAAGCACUUAGAGCUUUAAAAGGACUUGUUCGGCUACAAGCUCUUGUUAGAGGUUAUCUUGUACGAAAACGGGCAGCUGCAACUCUUCAUAGCAUGCAGGCUCUUAUAAGAGCACAAACAGCCGCCCGAUCUCAGAGGAUUCACCGGCCUUUCAAGGAGAACCGGUAUCAACCUGAAUUCCGCACCCGCAAAUCCGUUGAGAGAUUUGAUGAUACGAGAAGUGAAAUUCAGAGUAAGAGGUAUUCUGCAUCAGUUGAAUAUGAUGACAGCCCAAAAAUAGUCGAAAUUGACACAUACAAGCCUAGAUCAAGGUCUCGACGGAUGAACAAUGUUGCCUUAUCCGAAUUGGGUGAUGACUUUCCUUACCAAACAAUCUCAUCUCCUCUUCCAUGUCCAGUUCCGGGAAGAAUAUCAGUUCCAAGUUGCCAAAACCUUAAUGAUUACGAGUGGUGCUUCACGGGUGAGGAAUGUAGGUUUUCAAGUACCGCUCAAAACACCCCACGUUUUGCGAAUUCUGGCAGGUAUAAUGCUCCUACUACCCCAUCCAAGAGUGUCUGCGGAGACUGCCACUUGAGGUCCUACUCUAAUUUCCCAAACUACAUGGCAAACACACAGUCCUUUAAUGCCAAAUUGAGAUCUUACAGCGCACCAAAGCAGAGACCAGAGCCAGGGGCUAAGAAGAGGCUCUCACUCAAUGAAAUAAUGGCAUCGCGAAACAGUCUAAGUGGAGUAAGGAUGCAGCGGUUGUGUUCUCAGCUUCAAGAAGUUCUGAAUUUUUGAGUACUUGUUUCUGUGAUGCCCUCUGUAUUUUAGUAGGAAACUGCAAGUUGACUGUAGGAGAUGAUCGAAGAAACAGAGUAUCUACAAGUUUUCUUUCCCACUAUUUUAGUGUUAACAAGCUACAGGGUAGAACGAGCUUUGUGUAAAUUCUUCGUUGUCAUUUUACCAUGCUUUUCCAAUUAAAUGAAGCCUUUUUAAAUUU